AUGCGGCCCGGACAAAGGCGAACUCUGCCGCACACGCGCGGUGAGACACGAACACUCACACUCUGUGAGUCGCUAUCCCAGAGACCAUCAGAGACCCCCAGAAACCUCCCCGCAGCCCACAGACAAGCCCGCCACCGCCAGGCCCCGCCCCCCUCCUCUCCCUUCCCUUCGCCUCCCCUCCCCUCCAGCCAAGGAGGCGGGCGGCGUUGGCCGCGUCUUCCCGGAGUCCUCGCUUUCCUUAUUGCGCUUGCGCCUCCUGCCGUCUUCGCGCAGGCGCAGGAGGGGCGUGGAGGGGGUCCGGAGUGCAAUUGCGGCGACCGUACCGGCGCCGCUCGCCGUUCGCAGCGGGGCGGUGGGGAUGAGCCUCCGCCCGGCCCGGUUCAGAAGACGCGGGCAGAGCGGCACCGCACGCCAGACCGGGCCCCUCGCAGCCCGCUCGCCGCCGCCAGCCCGGAGCGGGGUCGCCGCGGAGCUCGAGGAGCGGCGCUGAGCGGCGCUGAGCGGAACCGCCCGCUCAGGCCCUGUCGGGCGGCGGAGGAGCGGGAGCCGUCGGGGCGGCCAGGCCCUCGCUCCCCGCGCGGUGGUUGGUCGCGCUAG